GUAAACCGUCCAUAGUGCGGGGAAAUCUUGACACCAUCUCGCACCGGUGUCGCUCAUCAUAAGGUAAGGUACUUCCAGCUCUUCCUUUCUCAUUGCAACCAUUCCUGGGGAAGAAACGAUAGAUUCUGUCACUAUUCAAAGUCCCACAUCCAGAGAGUCUUGAAGCUGUCGAGGGCGUCGGAAUCGGCAAUCACCAUACUACUUCAUUCUUACAGACAAGCUCCCUCAGUCGUUUCGAUCAAUUCCGACUCACUACCUUCACGAUGGCUUCCGAGGACUAUGUCCAGAAGUUUGAGACCCUCCAGAUCCAUGCCGGUCAGGAGCCGGAUCCAGCCACCAAGUCUCGCGCCGUGCCCAUCUACCAGACUACCUCCUUCACCUUCAACGAUUCUGCUCAUGGCGCCAGGUUAUUUGGCCUGAAAGAGUUUGGAAAUAUCUACAGCAGGAUCAUGAACCCCACCGUCGAUGUGCUAGAGAAGAGAAUUGCGGCGCUGGAAGGUGGCGUUGCUGCAGUGGCAGCUUCGUCCGGUCAGUCGGCCCAGUUCAUGGCUAUUCUCGCCUUGGCCCAUGCUGGGGACAAUAUUGUCUCGACCUCAAACCUGUAUGGCGGUACAUACAACCAGUUCAAAGUCAUGUUCCCUCGUCUCGGCAUCGAGACAAAGUUUUUGACUUCUGAUAAACCGGACGACCUUGAAAAGGCCAUCGAUGACAAGACAAAAGCCGUGUAUGUAGAGACGAUUGGCAAUCCCAGAUACAACGUGCCAGACUUUGAGGCCAUUGCCAAAGUUUGCAAGGCCAAGGGUGUCCCUCUCGUUGUUGACAACACCUUCGGUGCAGGUGGCUACUUUUGCCAGCCCAUCAAGCACGGCGCGGAUAUCGUCGUGCACAGCACCACCAAGUGGAUUGGUGGCCACGGCACUUCAAUUGGCGGUGUAAUCGUCGACUCGGGCAAAUUCGAUUGGAAGGCCAACGCAAAGAGAUUCCCUCAAUUCAAUGAUCCAGCACCGGGUUACCACGGCUUGAAAUUCGUCGACACUUUCGGGGCUCUGGCCUUUGCCAUCCGCCUGCGGGUUGAGAUCCUGCGCGACUUGGGCUCUUGCAUGAGCCCCUAUAAUGCGCACGAAUUUAUUCUGGGCGUCGAGACAUUGAGUUUGCGUUGCGAACGCCAUGCUGAGAAUGCGCUGAAACUGGCCAAAUGGUUGGAAGGCCACAAGAACGUUGCUUGGGUCUCGUAUCCUGGUCUGGGAAGCCACCCUUACCACCAACUUGCAAAGAAAUACCUGCCUCGCGGAUUUGGAGGCGUCAUGUCGGUCGGUAUCAAGGGAGGCGCUGCAGCAGGCUCCCAGGUCGUGGAUGGAUUCAAGAUGAUCUCUAACCUCGCAAAUGUCGGCGACGCAAAGACUCUGGCCAUUCACCCAUGGUUGACCACCCACGAGCAGCUUAGCGAACAAGAAAGACGGGAUUCUGGAGUAACAGAGGACAUGAUCAGAAUAUCGGUCGGCAUAGAACAUAUCGAUGAUAUCAUCCACGACUUUGAACAGAGCUUCGCUGCCAGUGAAGCUGCGCAGCCCGACGCCGAGGCCAACAAGGACAAUGCGACGGCGGAUUCGAGCACGAGUGCUGAUGCUAAACUCAGUGGGGCGACCUGAUUUCGGCCCAAUCUCUGAGCUGGCAUAGCAUUACUCCGUAUUGUUCAACAAUGUGCGAGGAUGAAGGCCGAUCGGACCCAGGAUCGCCGGAACUUUAGAGUGUUUCGAGGGAGACAAGGGUUGAACCCCUAGAGCCAAUCGGUGUCUCUCGGGGGCAAUACUCCCUAUCUAGGCAACUAACACGAGAACACCACCAUGUUCAUGGGUAUUC